UUUCAAUUCAUUCCUUGUCGUACCAUCUCGAUUGCUGCACUGCUCUGUUCUGUAUGCUUAUUUGUACCCGUUGAAUACAAAUUUUGAUAAACCAAUAAUCAAUUAAAGAAGAAGAACAGCUUUUUUUUUGUGCCUAAAUUUUUGGUGGCAACUGACGACGAAUAUAAUUUGAACACACAAAAUCUCUUUCCAGUAUGGAUGGUAAACCUCUUAUCCCUCUCUCCUUACUCGCCACCUCCGUCUUCCAACGAGACAGGAACCCACCCUCCUCUUCAAGUUCUACCUCAACCCAAGUCCCUGCUCCAGCCUCAACUCAACCUCCAGUGUCAACGCAGGCCACCACUUCAGCCACACCCUCCGAAAUGAUGCCCCAGCGAGGAGAAGAUAGUCGUCAAAAGAGGCCCAGAAGUAGUCAAUCACCUGAUUUAUCCAGGAGAUUACGAAAAAAGUCGACAAAAGAAGAAGAUUCCUCUUCAGCAGAAUCAACCUCGGACUCUGAGUCGUCCAGCUCUGAGGAUUCGGAUCAUGAACAGCUACAAACGACGAAUGCCUCUGCACUCAAGAUGCAUGGUGUUAUUCAUGAUCUGAUGCUUGAGUUGGAGCGCACUCGAACCAAACAUGCAAAAUACAGUGAUAAAGUCAAAACCUCAUCUAAAAAAAUUAGGGAUCUUAGCAGAAAACUCGAGAGACGUUUCCGUCAUAUGAGUGAGCAUACGCUGGUCGCGAGUCCUGGCUCGGAUCGGACAUCCCUUACAAGACGGCCUAGUAUUCCAAACAGCAAUGACAGAGUCACAUUGGCAUCAUUUGUUAGAAAUACUGUUUCUAUGACAACAACAAAGAGAACUCAAGGCUUGCCACAACCACCUUCUCCAUCCCGAUCAGCUCAAUCUCAUCGUGAGCAGACUCAGAGACCUGUAUUCUCAACGUCCGACCGAGAUAGAGUUCCGAAAAGAGAGCACUCUACUGCCGGGCCAUCCUUGCAUGACGACCGCAUCAGGAUUGCUGCGUCUAAUGUCGUGGAGACUUUUACAAACAUUCAUGCCGAUAUCCGUAAUAAGGCUUUUGCGAGGAAGCCAAGAAAUAUGGUUAUGCAUUCUUCAAUUGCUGGAGCUGAUAUGGAAGAGGUUAUGGUGGCUAACUCCUUGGAUGGGUCUAUUCAAUUCUGGGAUCUCGAGAACCGUCAUCUGAUCUCGACAAUUCCUCGAAGCCACCUGAACCAACCAUGGUGUGAGGAUAUGUGCUGGGUGGGUCAAAAUACGCUAGCUAUAGCAAGUGCUCACAAGGAAGGUGUCCCACUCCAGCAUCAAUUGGCACUUGUUCAUGUUGAGAAAGCCAAACCGUAUAGAUCAGCCUUAGGGAUGAGUGCUACCUCGAUCUCUUGGACAAUUCAACCUUUAAGAGAAUCACCUCAUGAUGGGAGCAGAGGUGGUAUUGUGUGUGUUAGCUCUUUAAUUGAAGAUAUGAAUGGGAUGUCUCUGGUUACUGCUGGUGUGGAUAAGCAAAUUGUCAAAUGGCAGUUUGCAUCACAAUAUACGGACGGAAAUCGUACUCCGAUCCAACAAAGCCCCCUUCAUAAUAAGCACACUAGUACGAUACAAGCUUUAUGCUAUGCUUCGCAAAGCAAUGUCCUCUAUUCGGGAGGGUGCGACUGUAGAGUUAUUGGCUUUGACAUGGUCCGAUCAGAGAUUGUAGUGGAGUACAAAAACAAGGAUGGUCGAAUCAAUUCCAUCCUGCAGAAUCCUGUGGAUCCGAAUUUGUUUUUGAUAAGCCAAGCUACAACGCAUAACCAGCUGUUGCUGCAUGAUACCCGAGUAAGGUUUGAAACGCCAGUUCUCGAGUUCGGGUUUGACAGUGCGGACAGACUUUCAAAGCAGAUAUUGCCAUCUUGGCACCCUGCUGGUGCUAUCGUUAGCAGUGGAAUGCAGAUUGAAUCCAAGAUCAAUAUCUGGGAUAUUCGAUGGAAGGAUGUCCAUCGAGGUGCAGGCCAAUCAAUUGAUGUUCAUGAGAAACGCGUCUUCAAAGCAGCCUUUCACCCAAAGCGAUCGCUUAUGACCUCGAUGAGCUCAGAUGGAAGUCUUGGAUUUAUCGAUUUCCGAUUGAACCCUGACACAGUUGUCCAUCAGUAAAGUUCAAGAUAC